AUGGCCGAAACGACGACAUUACCACAUAUCUCAAGCCUAGUCCAGCCUGCGAUACGAACAGUGGUGUCCAGCGAGGACAACUGGAAGGGCAAGACGAGCCCUGCGGAGAGACGGAAGAUCCAGAACAGGCUCAAUCAGCGAACGUGGAACGAGGACUUGGACGACAUAUAUCAGCUGUUCCUACAGCACGCGCAUGAGAGCCGAAGGAGCCCGAGCCCGGAUCCAAUGUCGGAUUCACUAAUACCGCUCGUGCAAUUCAAUUUGUUCCGCGGCUUGAUGGAGAACAUGAAGACGUUGGGUAUCACUAUGCCCAUGAUCUGUGACGACGACUGCGUGUCUCCCUUUGGAAGCGACCCUAUGUACAAUGCCAACACCACUUGGAAUAUCCCGUACUUUUUGAAGCCGACGGAGACGCAGUUGACAACUGUACACCAUCCCUGGCUCGACUUUUUGCCCCUACCGAGGAUGCGGGAUAACUUGAUCAAGGCCGGGGAUGACUGGGACGACGAGGCGCUGUGUCUAGACAUGGUAGGCGACGGAGAUGCGCCAUCUGGAAAAGGAGGCAUGAUUCUGUGGGGAGAACCAUGGGAUCCCCAUAGCUGGGAGGUCACAGAGGACUUUGUCGAGAAGUGGCGGUGGAUCCUUGAAGGGUGCGAGGAGAUCAUCAGGUCGUCUAACUACUGGAGGGCAAAACGAGGCGAAAAGAGGAUGAGGGUGAGAAUAUGA